GCGAUUAGUACAAAAUAAUCUAUUUUGUGCAGGUUUUGGUGGAGUAAAUCUAUGUUUAUAUUAAAUGUCAUGCUUAAUCUUGCAUUUGGACUUUUAUUUUAGACCGCGCAGGGAUACAGUUAGGGUAAACAAAGGUUGUGGAACUAGUGCGCCUACUGUAAUGCGCGGCAAGAUUUUAUUCAAGGAACCUAGCGUGUAGAGAGGUGUUGUAGAACACAUCGGGUUUUAUUUUGGAUUUUAAUUUUUAAAAGCAUUUUAUUUUCCAACUUUUAAUGGACAAGAAGACAUCUUAAAACUCCUUUCAACAUUUGACAGCUCUUUUUCGUGCUUUGUGGGCGAGAGUUGUGCAGGUGACGAUGCCGCUGCAUGGGAAGAUAGUGGUUAUCAAGAGGAGUGGGGCAGACGGGACCGAGUUUCCGCUCACUGCGUCCUCCUGCCUGUUUGGAAGGAAACCAGAUUGUGAUAUUCGGAUUCAGCUGCCUCAGGUCUCUAAAGAACAUUGUAGAGUUGAAGUGAACGAAAAUAAAGAAGUCAUUGUGAUAAAUCUGAGUACGGUUAAUCCCACGCUUUUAAAUGGCGAAGCAGUAAAACAGUCGGCACUUCUAAAGCAUGGAGAUCUGAUCACAAUUAUUGAUCGUUCCUUUAGGUUUGAGUAUCCACCAGAACAAACUCCUAAAAAGAGGAAUCAGUCUGCAGUAGAAAAAAAUGAAAAGCUUCAGGUGCUUCAUGUUCAGCAGGUGAAAGAUGCAGGUCGUUUGUCUUCUGGAAAUAGAAGAACGUCAGCACAGUUAACUUCAGAUGCUUCUUUUGAUUUAAAAGAGGACCAGGACACUGGAUGUGAACCUUCUAAAGAUCAGGAGAGUGAAAAUGCUGAUUUGGGAGCAAAGGAACACAACCCGACUGAAAAUAAGACAAAAAAUUCUCCAUUUUCUGAGCUUUAUGAAAUGGUCAAGCAAAAUAUUUUACCCCGUAAUAGGAGAAGUUCUAAGAAAUCUGAAAGAUCACCAUGGAAGGUAUCCGGAUGUGCAGAUCCAAAGAUACCAUUGUCAGGAUGUGAAUCAAAGGAAAGUAUGCACACCAAAGUGAUAGAAAUGGAUAAUCCUGUAGGUAAAUCUGAAAUUAAUGAGGAGUUAAAUGCUAAAUGUGCCCCGUUACAUGAAAGUACUAACGAAAAGACCCCAGCUAAAAACACACAGCCAUUUGUUGGUAGUGAAACACUGGCUGAAAAGGAAACAAAUCCUGCAGAUUCCAGUGGAAUAAGUAUUGUAUCUGCAGAAAGUUUAAAUGGAAGGACACCUAAAUCUACUCGAAAGAGUAGAAAACUGACAUCUGAAACAUCAGAUAUUGUUGCCAGUAUUGAGGCUUCACUAAAAAACAAAGAUGAAACAGCUGUAGAGAUGCAGAAGGGUUCUUUCAUGCCUUUCACAGGGUCCUCCAUUGAUGAAAAAAGUCCAAGAAGAAGUCGCCAUAUCCAGACUCCUGCAAAGUUGGCUGACAUAGCGAACAAACUAGAAGAGAAGACCAUUUGUGUUUCUCAAAAGAAAUUAAAACCAGGUACUCCUCAAAGGUGUCUUAAUGCUGAAGAAGUGGUUAGACAAAUUAUUACUCCUGAAAAUAAAAUAAAAGAAGAGGUUGGUAAUGUAGAAGAACCCAAAAUGCCAAAAGGAAGAAAAAGUACACAAAAUGAAACUGCACCAGCUGUAUCUCUGCGUUCUGUAUCCCCCAAAAAUCAAAGGAGAAACAAGGCAGCAGAAGUACCAAACCAAAACAGCCCUGAAAUCAUCCAAAAUGCACCACAAUUAAGAGUAUCGCCUAGAGGUUCAGCUCGCAAAUCUCCAAGGAAGUCAUCUGGAAAAAUACAGCAACCCCAAGAUAAAAUUGAAAUUGAACCAGCAGCUCCAUCUAGUGGGAAAAAGUUAGCGGUGAUCACAGAUAAUCGGACAUCUAGCAAGAAGCGCAAGAGUGGAGGAUCCGAGGAGAAAUCAUUAGGGCCACCCCUGAAAAGAAAAAGGGUAUCCUUUGGUGGCCACUUGAGUCCGGAACUUUUUGACAAACGCCUGCCUCCAAAUUCCCCUUUGCGGAAAGGGGCCACACCACUGAGACGUGGACAUUCCUUUGGCAGCAAACAACCUGCUUUGAGGAGGGCAUCUACAGUUUGUGUUGUGAAACCUUUGAUUAAGGAGUUAAAUGAAGAAAAAAUACGUUUGAAAAAACAGAGUCCAAGAAAAUCUCAGAGUCCAAGAAAAUCUCAGAGUCCAAGAAAAUCUCAGAGUCCAAGAAAAUCUCAGAGUCCAAGAAAAUCUCAGAGUCCAAGAAAAAAGCCUACACCUGCUAAAAAGUCCACAGAAUUAGAUACUGGAACACCUUUGAAAUCUGAUUGCCUUUCUUCACCACAGACUGUUGCUCCUGAGUCUAUCUCAACACGGCGCAUGAAAUCUGCCUCCCCUGCUCUGUCUGUUUCAAAGUCUCCUUCACCGGCCCAGUCUGUGGGUAGCCCACGUGGCAGGAAAUCCCUCACAAAUGCAGCAAGUUCAGCCUUCCCACCAAGUUCUUUGUCCAAGACUCCCUCGCCUAAGAGACGGUCUCGCUCUCCUGCUACUGAACAAAUGUCUGCUGUUAUUGCCAACAUGCCUCAUGGCCAUGUAUCUGGUGAUAUUCACUCACCCUCUUUUUCCAAGACCCCUUCUUCAUCUAGAAAGGCAGCCAGCACACCUCAUGAGAGAGCUGUCUCUAGCCCUGCCAUGGCCAGCUCCCUUGACACCUCUUUAUGCAGUUCAGGCACUCCUGCUGCUUCUACAGCAUGGUCUCUCUCUCUUGCAGACUCUGUAGCCAGAACACCUCAUGGUAGGAGAUCUGGUAGUGGUGCUGUGAAGACACCCUCCCCAGCUAACUGUUCACUUGACACCACACAGAGCAAAAAGACUCUACGUAGUACUGGGAAAAUGCAUUCAGCAGCAAAUGUCCAUCAUAGCACAGAAUCUCUAACUGGUGCUUGCAAGACCAAUCUUUCUGUAGAGUUGUCUGCAGGUUAUGUCACAACACCAACCCCUCCUAGAAAGACUUCGACAGCUUCAUCACCGAGCAAAAGUCCAACAGUAAGAGGCCGCUUCUCUGUUUCGCGCAUCAGCACUCCUUCACCUGUUGCUGAUCAGAAAGAGAAUGUAGCUGAAAGCAUUGUUUCUGAACAGCUGAGUAGCAUAGUAACACCUAAAGUUGAACCAAGAAGGAAAAGUAUGAGAUCCACAUCAAAGAAAUCUUCCAGCUUCCGAAGAAAGAGUGCUGUGCUUGAUGCUGUUCGCUCAAGACGAAGCGGAGCUUCUCAAGCUAAUUUAAAAGUUACGCAUUCCUGGGCAGAUAUUGUAAAGCAUGGUGCUGCUAAAUGCCAGGUGGGCAUUCCUGGUAAGAAACGCAGAGUGAAAGGCAGAACCAUGAAGAAAGUUCCAGCACAGACACCAAAGACUCCAGCUCAGAAGAUACAACAUUUUAGUACAGGACAUGCAGAUUCUCCGGUUACUAUUGUCAUUGGAAGAGCUCAUACUAAAACUGUGCAGCAAGCUGGGUGUGUUCCAAAGCUGGUUCAGAACACUGCACUGAUGAAAAAGACCAUGGAAAUGAAUGAGAAUUUAACAGGCAUUGCAGAAAUGUUCAGCACACCUGUGAAUGACCUACCAAAGCAAACUGGGAAAUCUGGUGCCUGUUCUUCACCUUUGAAAGAAGCAUCUGUUAUGACUACCCCUGAAGAGACAGGUGAAAUGGUUGUCUCCCCUUUAAGUCCUACUAGUACCAUUAAGCGAGGAAGGUACAACAAGGAUGCUGUUUCUCGUCUUCUUCAACAAGAAAAGGAUUGUAGUUUAGUUAGUAUUGAGACUUAUCAUGAGAAGCUGUCCUUCUGUGAUGCGUCUGUUCAGGAUUUAGUGACAACUCCUAAGGAAAGGGUUGAGCAUGUAGAAACGCUUCCUUUAGAAAGCGGUGAAAAAGCCACAAGACCAAAAAGGACUAGAACACCCAGCCAGAAGACAGAGCCGCUGAUGCCUUUAACAGGAGUUAAGAGAAUAAUGAAAACUCCAAAAGAGAAGACAAAACAGGUUGAAGAUCUAAGAGGUCUCAAAAGGCUACUGAAGACUCCCAGAAUGCCAAAAUCAGCUGUAGUUGAAGAUCUUGUUGGAGUGAAGAGACUAUUUAAGACACCCAGACAGAAGAGUGAACCAGUGGAGGACAUAGCUGGAGAGCAAAGAAUGAUGAAAAUGCCAAAAGUGAAGGGAGUCCCAGUGGAUGAUCUAGUUUGCCUGAAAAGAUCGUUAGGUACUCCUAAGCAAAAGGGCGAGCCUGUUGAAGACAUGGUUGCCGUAAAACGAUUGUUGCGCACCCCUAAGCAAAAGGGCGAGCCUGUUGAAGACAUGGUUGCCGUAAAACGAUUGUUGCGCACCCCUAAGCUAAAGGGCGAGCCUGUUGAAGACAUGGUCGGCGUAAAACGAUUGUUGCGCACCCCUAAGCAAAAGGGCGAGCCUGUUGAAGACAUGGUCGGCGUAAAACGAUUGUUGCGUACCCCUAAGCAAAAGGGUGAGCCUGUUGAAGACAUGGUCGGCGUAAAACGAUUGUUGCGUACCCCUAAGCAAAAGGGCGAGCCUGUUGAGCAUGAUUUUGGUAUCCGCAGACUUGUAAAGUCUCCUAAGCAAAGAAGUAUCCCAGUUGAGGACUUCACAGGGCUACCAGAACUUAUGCAAGAGCCAUUGCAAAACACUGGCCGUGAUGCAGACUUUGGUAGAACAGGGGAACCAUCUAAAGCAAAGAUAUUGGAACAAGUCCUUUCUCCUAAAGAAGGCAAAACUUCAGGGAGACUUGCAAAGGGAGGUGUUGAAACAAAAGAACCGCCUGCUAAAAUUAACUGUGAGGAGCUUCAAGAGGAUAGACACACUGAAAUAUCUGUGCCUUUGUCACCCAAAAAGCUUAGAAGGGGAAGGAAACCACGGCAAAAUCUAGAAGCUCCUAAUGAAAAGCUGGCAGGAAGUGAUAUCAUGGAAAAUAAGGCUGUAUUAUUUUCUCCUAAGACAUCAAAAAGAGGAAGGAAAAUAACUGUUGAUCGUGAAGUGUCAGUAGAAGAUCCUUCUGGAAAAAACCCUUUUGUAUCUAAAGAGAACAAAAAUGCAGAAAAGGUUGAUCAGCAUGCUUCAGGUGCCCUUAGAUCGGAAAGUGAAAAUGUGAUUGAAGUUGAACACACGGAUGCAAGCAAUUUAGAAGACAUUCAGAUGUCUCAGGUUCCUGGAAAGAGGCCCUGUCGUCGUAAAAUCACAGGAAAAGCCGAAACCUCUGAUAAGAAAUCAAGAGGGAGGAAGCCGAAACAGAAUGUCUGUCAUCAAACCUCAGAAGAAGCUUCUCUUGAAAAUCUUUCGGUAGAUAUUAUGAAGACCUCUGAAUUAAGAACAUGUGAAAUUACAAACUCUGCUGACAAAGCAACUACCACCUCCUCUGCUCCUGUUAAAAUUUCUACAAGAGGUAGGAAGUCUAAUAAAAGUACUGAACAGACUCAAAAAGUAGGGGCUACAUCUCCCUCAGCAAUAAGACGUGAAGGGACAAGUACUUCAGCUGUAGAGAAGGCUUCAUCCCCUGUUCCGGUAAGAAAAUCUCGAAGGGGGGGGAAGGCUAAACAAAAUCUGGAGGACUUAGAAGAAAUCAAACUGAUGCAUUCUGAGAAAAGCCUUGCUGAAACCUUGGUGACACCGCCAACACUGAAACGUUUAGGUUGUAAUAACACUGUAGAUGCUAAUGAAAUACUGGUAACUGCUUCCCCAGCUCCUGUAAAGAGAGGUAGAAGAGGAAGAAAGAGUAAAGAGAUUUUAAAUCAAGAUUUUAAAUCCAGUGGAGUAGAGAACAUAUCUAAAACUGAAACCAGCACUUCAACUGAAAGUCUUUCUGAAAAGACUGAGGUUGAGAUGACUGGUUCAACAAACAAGAAAUCUGGAAGAGGGAGGAAGGCAGGUGGUUUUGUGCAUGAUAAAGAUCAGACAAGGACAGUGAUGCAGUCUAGCAAGGCUAAGAAGACAUCAAAUGAUAUAGACAAAACAGAAACUUCAGCCUCUGUGAAGAAACUUAAAACAGUUGCAGCACAGCCAUCCAAAGAAAAGGCUGUUUCAGAAGUAUCCUCUUCGGCCAUUUCAUCUUCCUCAGUGUGUGACUCGGUGGACUCUGCAGAAUCUUCGGUUCCAAAUAUGCAAAAUGCAAGAGGGAGAAAACGAAGGGCUACCACUCAAACAAACAAGGAAGCAUUGCAUAAUAUUGCUGAAUCUACAUCCCACAAAAAUGGAUCUGUCCAGGAAAACUUGAUUUCUGACAACAAGUUGGAAAGUGAGGGGGAAAAUAAAUUCCAAAAAGAUGAAAUGAAAAGGAUUUAUCCAAAGAAAAAUGUAAGUUGGAAUUCUAUCUUAACAGAAACUCCAAGUAAAGGAAAGUCUUGCAGAGGCAGGAAGCCAAACACAAAAUUAUCUACCAAAAUCCAACCUGGCGAGGUGGAGAUAGCCAGUUUUUCCACUGAUUCUUUCACCGCCUCAGAGUUAACUCCUGACCAGGCAGAUGGAAAUCUAGACCAGAAACCUUCAGAUAAAACAUCUUCUGAAAGACAAGUAAGAGCAUCACGAAGGCACAUGGCUAAAUCUGACAUUACAAAUGGAAAUCUUGAUUCUGUUAAAAAAAGAGGAAUAAAAAGAAAACUGACAAGUGAACAGGUUGCUAAAGCAAUCACAGAAGAGUCAUUAUCUGAAGCUUCAGAUAUGGGGGUCCCUCCAAAGAAGACCAGAAGUAGGAUGACAAAGUCUAGUAUUUCAUCCAUCCCUGUCCAAACUCAAGAGAUCUGUGCUGUGCCUGAAAAAAAAGGAAGGGUGACAAAACUGUCAGCACAGCAUAAUGAAACAAUGGCCAAAAAAAAUGUUAAAGAUCAGAUUGUAGAAGAAAGGGAGGCUCAGCCCAAAGAAAUUAAACUGAAACUUGCUGGAAAGCUAAAGACGCCGGUAGGAGUCGGAAACCCAGGUGAUUUACCCAGGAUAACCAGAGGGCGGCGUGCAGCUAAAGCAGAUAAUGCAGCAGUCAAAGAAUGUAAAACAGAUGUGGAUGUUGCUGAAAGUACAAUACGGGGAAGAAGAGCCGGGUUACAAAAAAAGGUGGAGAAUGUAAAACAAGCUGAAGCCAAGACUGUCAGGCGUACAAGGAGAAAAUAAUUUAAGGACUUUUGUAUAUAUUUCGGAUUUAAUUUUUUGCAGUUUUGUAAACUGUCUGCUUAAUCAUUCUUGAGCUGUAAAUGCAAUUUUCAAUUUUAAUAGAUUUUUUUUUAAUGUUGUCUCCUGUCUUUUCUUUGGGCUUUGUGCCAGGACAAGGUAUUUUUGUAUAUUUGCAAUGUUUUAUGCAGUUGAGCAUACAAUAUUUGCUUAAGUCUAGGGGUUUCCUACAGAACUUUAUGAAAUGCAGAAACUUAUUUUGUUAUGCUUAAGAUGUCUAAUGAAAUUUAAGAUUAUGUAUUUUAAACAUUUUCAGAAAUGUCAUUUUCUACCAUUAUAAAAUAAAUUUUGUAGCUUUUUGUUAAUUUCAUACUGUUGCUUAAUCUUGUUUAGGUCGCAAAUGUCAGUAAUAGUGCUCUCUAAUUGUACAGACCAACGUUUGACUUGGAUCAUAAUUUCAGAUCAUUCCCUGCAAUGCCGUCAAUAACUUCUUAUCACAUGUGAAUACUAUCAAUAUAUUAAGCAAUACAGUGAAAUGUAUGGAACUUUUAUUUAAAAUAGUUCCUUAGAGAGUUGUACAAGAAGUGAUUUACAUUAUUAAUUUUUUGGAUGGCUUUUGGGAUCAUUUUAGUAGUAGUUUGAAGUAGUUUUGUGCUUAGUCUGAACAGUUUUGUGGACAUUGCAUUCUUAUUUUAUCUGUAUGAGCUUUGGAAACACUUUUAAAAUUCAGAAUUGUUAAAGACAUUUUUCAUUGGUUGUUUUGUAUUUAAGCUAAUGCACAGAAUGACGAAAAACCAUCCCAUCAUGAACCAUAUCCUACCUCCAGUAAUCCAUCAUAAAGCAGUACAGUAGUAAAGUUGAUAAAUAAGUAACAUUUUUAAACUUUGAAAAUGAGCCAUUUGGUGUUUCAUCUAGCUAAGUUUGUUUCCAUAACAAAAUACCAAUGUGUUCAUUUGUGUUCUUUCACACAUUAACUUGUUAGUGCUUGAUGUGGCUUUAAGUAAAGUUUGCUUCAUUUGAAGUUAGUUACCACUGAUGACCUAGUCAUAAAAAGAUUUUAAUCAAAUUAAAUUUGCCAAGACCAUUUAUCUGCUACAAAAGGUUGUGAUCUUCAGCAUUUUGUAGUGUGAAAGCUAGAUGUAUUUUAGGUCACCUGGGAAUUCUUGACCAAGUUGUGAAAGUGUCACAAACUUUCAUUUUUGUUCAGUAUAGCAUAUUCUUAAAACAAUACAUAAAAAUAAUUUCACAAAUACAGAACAGAUGGAUAUUCACACAAUACUUGUAUGUAGUCACCCGAGCAGGCUGGUCUUCAAAAAUAAAGUGGAUAAAAUGAUCUGCCAUUCUUCAAUGUCAUGUUUUUAACAGCAGCGUUAUGUAUUGCCCUUUGUGUUAAAUUCACAAUUUAUCAAAAUACAAAACUUCAGACAUACAUGAAAUAUAGACCUAUACAUAUGUUUUCAUUUACAGAUGAGUUUUGAUAUUGCACAAUUUGCUCUUAGGUGCUUGUCCAGGAAGAUAAUAUGCUUACUUUGAAUCCAGCUCCAUUCAAUCUAGUUUGUCACCUUCUGAAGGCAAGAUACAUGUAGUGUAUAAACAUUUGAAACAUUUAAAUAACACUUGGGUUCGUGUAAAAUAAUGGUGGAUGAUUACAUUAUACAUUUUUUAUAUUAACUAAAUAAUGUUAUAUCUUUGGAAGGGUAUGCUCUCUUAAGUAUCUUUAAAAGAUCAUUUCAAGCUUGGCACUAUGUUUUUGUUGGUUUUGUAUUAAAAUGUGUCUGUACCUUAUUGUAAUGUUAUUUCACCCCUUUUUUUAUCCUAUACUUUGAAGUCAAGAAAGUAAAAGAUCUUAUAUGUAGGCCUCUUAUUUAAUUGAAACUUGCAAAAAAAAAAUCAAAGCAUUUUGUCUUAAAUGUUGAAGGUGAGUAUAAAUUUGGUAUCUUAUUUCAACAUUACUAUAUUUUGUUGCACAGAAAGAUAGUUUUAUGUGGUUUAAGCCUAUUAAAUUGUUCUUAAAAGGACUGUAGAAGUGCAGAGAAAGGUGACCAGUAAUAGUAAAGUUGUUAAUCAGUCUUAUUUUUUUCAUAUUAGUAAUUGCUUUUUUGAUGAUCUUUGGGUUGACGUUGAUAAGCUGUUCUUCAUAAUGUUCUAAUUAGACAAUAUGUAAACUUUGGCAUUCAGUACUCUCCUAGUGGCUUUUUCAAAUGAUGUUUGUAAAAUUUGUAAUUUCAUAUUAGAGAUUAAAAAUUAAAAACUGCAGGAGACUAACAUUAAAAUGAGAAUUCAUUUCAGGCAAAGCCCUAUAGACAAAAUUCACCCUAAUAGAAUUGUGCAUUAGGGGCUGUGAAUCAUGAUCUAUAUUCACACAGGGGAAGACUUGUCAAAACCAGUAUUGUUAGUCUGGAGUUGUAUGCACACUACUAAGCCCAUCAGAGAAGUCACUUUAGGGAGAAUGUGAACAUUAUCAAAGAACAGUAAAUUAGCAAGAAAUUAAAGCAUAUACUCUUGCAUUUUCAAAACAAAAGAUUCCUUCAUUAAAAACCUUUCAUCAGUGGUUUAAUAUUCAUAGCUGUAAUUUACAUAACGAAAUCAGUUUUCACUGAUGAGAGACGACUAAAGUUUUUUUUCUAAUUUCUGUUUGAAUGUGUGCUCUAUUUUUGAUUAAAAAUUCUUUCCACCAGUUGCACAUAGCUGAAUGUAUUUGGUAAGUUAUCUUAUUUCUGUGCAUAAUAAGGCUAACGAGUGUGAGUAGUUAUCUGCAAAGGAGCUUGGGUCAUAGAGAGGGGUGAGAAUUUUCAGUGUACAAUUAAAAACCAAAUGCUUCUAGCUUUCAUUCAUUAUGCAGAGACAAAUUUAUUAAUUUAAUUUUAUUUUAUUAAUGGUAAGAAUUUUAUUGUCCUGAAGGUGUAUAUAUAUACCUUUCUUACCAAAGAAAUUUUGUUUUCACAUAUUUUCUAAAGCUCUGUGUUGAUAUGUAAAACAAUGAAUAGGGAUACAGCUGCUAAAUGGAUUAAUUUAACAUUUUUGGAUUAAGUAACUAAAUGACACCUUGAGCAUGCUGUAGUCAUUUAACUAGUAUUAAAGACUAGUAAGGACAAAUCACUUACGGGAUAUGUAAACCACUUUUAUACUGUGGUUAAUUAAUAUGGACAAUGUAGAAUCAUCAGUUAAAGGUGCCAGGCUUAAUCGUGGAGAAAGGUUUCACAGAAUAUUAAUGGCAGCUUACAUUAACAGCACCUGAGGUGUGUGCAAAGUUACAUUUUACUAACUUCCUCUCAUUGAUUAUUAUAAAAUUCUUAUUUUUGUUAAAGAAUCUUAUGUUGAAUGUCUAUUAUUGUAGUGUCCAUAAUGAUGACAAAAAAUAUAACAUUUGAUGCAUUAAAAUAAAACAUUAACAGUUUGCUAAA